CCUCAACCCGCUACUUUUGUUGCAACUACCAAAAUGUCCUUGGACCUUGACUCGCCGUCGACGACCAACCGAGACUGGAUUUUCCCUUCACAAUCAUUCAACCUUCCCCGAACUCCGGCCCGGAGAUUCUCUUCGUCUUAUCCUCGAACGACGUCGUUUCAGAACUCUCUUUCUCAUCCUCCUUCAAACUCUACUCCUCCCGCAGUCCCCCGAACUCUACGACGCCGUAUUAGUCACCGGCACCGGAUUGUGGAACGGGAGAGUUCUGUUGAUGCUGUUACAGAUGGAAAGUCAAACGACUUCGCCGUCCAGUCAGGAGAGUGUCCAAGCUCGGGGAACAAAACGACAUCGGUUGAUAAGAAAUUUACCAGUUUCUUUCGCCGUUUCACUGUUAGUCGGCAGGCGGCUUGCAUUAUUGCAAUACUGGUGACGUGCUUUACAUGUCUUGUACACAAAAACUUUUCUUUACACAAUCAAGUUAAUGAUUUGCAGGAUGAACUUUCAAAGCUCAAUAUCAGACUGAGACGCUGCAACAUUUCAGAUUCUAUUGACAUUAUUGACUCGAUAUCAGAAUAUAAUGUUUCCGGUGCAAGUUUGAAAAAUACAGCAUUGAUUCUCUCAUUCAUGAUGUUGUCCCUUCCUCUUGCUUUUAUUAAAUAUAUGGGGUAUAUCUCCUAUAUCAGAAGACCGUCGGACAGUAACACAGAGGAAUUAUCUCUGAACAAGCAGCUAGCAUAUCGCGUAGAUGUAUUCUUAUCAUUUCAUCCUUAUGCUAAACCACUGACCUUGUUAGUUGCCACUCUGCUCCUUAUUUGUCUUGGUGGCUUAGCACUUUUUGGCGUGACAGAUGAUAGCAUAGCAGACUGCCUUUGGUUAUCAUGGACGUAUGUUGCAGAUUCAGGAAAUCAUACUAAUUCUGAAGGCAUUGGUCCACGCCUAGUGUCAGUUUCUGUUAGUUUCGGUGGAAUGCUGAUAUUUGCCAUGAUGCUCGGACUAGUUUCUGAUGCAAUAUCUGAGAAAUUUGACUCACUCAGGAAGGGAAGAAGUGAAGUAGUUGAACAGAACCACACACUUAUACUUGGUUGGAGUGAUAAACUGGGAUCAUUAUUGAAUCAACUCGCGAUAGCUAAUGAGAGUUUGGGGGGAGGAACUGUUGUAGUCAUGGCUGAGCGAGAUAAAGAAGAAAUGGAACUUGAUAUUGCUAAAAUGGAGUUUGAUUUUAGAGGAACUUCUGUCAUAUGCAGAAGUGGAAGCCCCUUGAUUUUGGCUGAUCUGAAAAAGGUGUCUGUCUCUAAGGCUCGUGCAAUAGUUGUCCUUGCUGAAGAUGGGAACGCUGACCAGAGUGAUGCCCGUGCUCUGAGGACAGUUUUAAGCCUUACGGGAGUAAAGGAGGGACUUCGGGGCCACCUAGUGGUUGAACUCGGUGAUCUUGAUAAUGAGGUCCUUGUGAAACUUGUUGGGGGGGAUCUUGUUGAAACUGUGGUAGCUCAUGAUGUAAUUGGGCGCUUAAUGAUUCAAUGUGCUCGACAGCCAGGUCUUGCGCAGAUAUGGGAAGACAUCCUUGGAUUUGAGAAUUGUGAGUUCUACAUCAAGAAAUGGCCACAGUUGCAUGGCAUGCAAUUUGAAGAAGUCCUAAUCAGCUUUCCUGAUGCUAUUCCUUGUGGAAUCAAGGUGGCAUCAUCAGGUGGGAAAAUAAUACUGAAUCCUGAUGAUUCAUAUGUGCUGCAAGAAGGGGAUGAGGUCCUUGUUAUUGCUGAGGAUGAUGACUCAUAUGCUCCAGCAGCACUGCCUAUGGUCAAAGAAGCAUCUUUGAUGCACAUUGUCCGACCAACAAGAAAGCCACAGAAGAUUCUACUAACUGGAUGGAGACGAGACAUUGAUGAUAUGAUUGUGGUGAGUUUAAAUCAAGCUCCUAAUUCCUUUUUAUUUUACAUGAAUGCUGCAGGUUCAGAGAGGAAACUUGCCAAAGAACUUAAUUAUCCCAAAGACUACAGAGCGGAUUCUUUUUUGUGGUUGGCGACGAGAUAUGGAGGAUAUGAUACUGGUAAUCUUGUAUUGGAUGCCUUCUUAGCACAUGGUUCAGAGUUGUGGAUGUUCAAUGAAGUCUCCGAGAAGGAAAGAGAAAAGAAGCUAACAGAUGGUGGCCUUGAUAUUAGCCGGCUGGCAAACAUAAUACUGGUAAACCGUGAGGGUAAUGCUGUUAUACGACGCCAUCUAGAAAGUCUUCCCUUGGAAUCAUUUGACUCGAUCUUAAUUUUAGCUGAUGAAUCAGUGGAAGAUUCCGCAAUUCAGGCUGAUUCCAGAUCACUUGCCACAUUACUGUUAAUACGUGAUAUUCAGGCCAAACGCCUCCCAUACAGAGAAUCUAUGGUUUCCAAAAUUCACGGGGGUAGCUCCUCCCAGGGCUCCUGGAGAGAGGAGAUGCAGCAGGCUUCAGAUAAGUCAGUUAUAAUCAGUGAAAUUUUGGACCCGAGGACUAAAAACCUCUUGUCUAUGUCAAAGAUAAGUGACUAUGUUUUGUCAAAUGAGCUUGUUAGCAUGGCAUUGGCCAUGGUGGCAGAGGAUCGUCAAAUAAAUGAUGUAUUGGAAGAGCUGUUUGCUGAAGAGGGAAAUGAGAUGCAAAUAAGAGGAGCAGCCCUAUACCUUUGUGACAGUGAGGAGUUGAGUUUUUAUGAAGUGCUCCUGCGUGCACGGCAAAGGAGAGAGAUUGUGAUUGGUUACCGUCUUGCUAAUGCAGACAAAGCAGUCAUCAACCCCCCGGCAAAAACAGAGAGAAGAAAAUGGUCAGUUAAGGAUGUUUUUGUUGUUAUAGCUGACAAGGAAUGAAAUAUAUGUCAAUGGCAAAAUCCUUCCAGCCAACCUGAAUUUCUUGUGCAUCACUGGUAAUGCAAGAUGCCGUAAGAUAUUGUCAGUCUCAUCUCAAGUCUCUUGUUCAAAUAAAUGAGCUGUGGAUGAAGAUGAAAGAGCACCUCACAUGACAUUUUGAUUCAGGGACCAUAGCAUGAUACAAGC